AUGAUCUCCAUUGCACAAUUUCUCGCCUACAGUAUCUUUAUAUUCUGGACAGUAUUCGCUGAUUCUUCAUGUCCCCCACGAUGGAAACACGAUCCAAAGGGAAAGAUGUGCUAUUAUGUUUCGCGAUUGAAAAUGACCCAUAACGAUGCUCAUUUGUAUUGUCAGAAACUAUCAAACUCUUCGCAUUUAUUGCGGGUACAGUGUGAAUCGGAGAACAACUUUGUAAGCAAUCUAAUGAAGCCAAACACGGCCGCCUGGAUUGACGCAAGGGCACGAUUCGACAUCAUCGACGGUGCUGCAGGACUUUUCUCGCCUGGUUUUGUUCUACGGUGGCCUAACGGCAAAAUCGUACGUUUUACCAAUUGGGCGCACGGAAAUGGUGUCGAACUUAUCGACCGCUCGAGUAAAUGCGUCCACAUACAGUCGACAACCGGAGAAUGGCAAAACGCUGCAUGCGAUGAGCCAGCUACCGUAAUCUGUGAGAAACGGCUCCAUCGUCCUGUGAUACGUUACUGUCCAAAGCAUUGGAUGUAUAUGGACGCUACGCAGUCCUGUUAUCGGGCCAUAACCCGCACCAAUAUGACUAUACUGGACGCGGACAAUCGAUGUUUUCAGCUGGGUUCUGAGAGCAAUCAUGACGCAAUGCUGGCCAGUAUAGGAGAUGAGCUAGAAAACCAGUUCAUUAAAGAUCUGGCGCGUGAAACGAAUCCAAACUUCGACUUUGUGAUGUUGGGGGCGUUCGGUCGUUCCAACAACGGUCAUAAAUGGAAAUGGAUGGACGGAACGCCUUUUACCUAUCAGAACUGGGAUCGGGGAAUGCCAUUUGGUAGACGAGCAUUGGCGGUUUUGGUGAUGAAUCGACGUGGGAAAUGGAUUAAUCACUAUGCAGAUCGGAUACUAUCACAGUAUAAUGCGGUAGCUGUUUGCAAAUUGAAACCCUAG